ACUGUGACAUUUAUAAAGCCCUAGACCACAACCGGAGCCGAAGGAUGCCCAAUCAAAUCGCUACCCCUCCUCACCACCACCACCACCACCACCACCACCACCAUCACCAGCACCAUCACCAUCACUGCUUUCCUCUGCCCCACCGACACCACCACUUAUUCACCAACUCCUCUCCUUCCCUCGCACGGUGCCCUUGUCUUCUCCAUCAUCGUCACCAUCACUUUAACAGCAGCUCAUCCCAUCUUCAGUUUCUUCCAGCCGCUCCUCACGCAAUUUCAUCUCUUCCUCCAAACCCAUGCCCAGUCCCGGCAGGCUGCUUCAGUGGCUACUCAACGGUUUCGACAGCGGCGGAAGCCUCGGUUUCUGAAAGUUUCUUUCAACCACAGGAUCAGAGUAUGGACUUAAAACUGGAAGAUCCUGGAGAAGGGGAAGAAUUAGAAGAUGUCUUUGUUUUAACAGAUGAAUGGAGAGAAUUGUUUGCAAAAUCUGAGGCUAAAAGGAGGAUGGAUAAGCAACAGAAGAACAAACACAGGAAGUGAGGGGCUCAAUUUUCAUAGUUCAUAUAAUUUUGGCUGAACGGGCAAGAUGCUGGUACUUUUGAUAUGAUAUGAAAGAUUUGGAUGAUAUAAAUGUAAAAAUUAAAGUUUAGCUGCUGGAUAUGUAUUGCAAAAGAAUUGUGUGGCAUAUGUAUGUAAUGCACCUUAAUGUUUUGUGGCACUUAAAACGCAUGAUAUACAAGAUAAUUGACAUAUCGUUCUAUUCAUAUUUAUUUGGUCUUUGUAAGCAUAAAAGAGUGAUUAAAUGCUUGCAU